UGGCCAUUGCAAUAGUCAUCAGUUCAGUUUGGUUCUUUGGAAUACAGUGUCUCAGAGCAGCACAUUGAGAAGUUUGUUCUAAGUUGUGUUUAAGAAGCAACCCCAAAUAGUUACCAUGAAGUGCUUUGUUGCCAUUGCCCUGCUAGCCGUUGCCGUUAGCGCAUCGCCCAUCGAUCCCUAUGGCCACUAUGCUGCCCCAGCUCUGGUGCACGCCGCCCCUCAUUAUGCCGCUCCAGUUGUCCACGCUCCGUUGGUGAAGCACGUCGUUGCUGAGCCAGUUGCCUACCCCAAGUACUCGUUCAACUACGGAAUCAAGGACCCCCAUACCGGAGACAUCAAGUCCCAGGCUGAGGAGCGCGACGGAGAUGUUGUCAAGGGACAGUACUCCCUGGUCGAACCUGACGGUUCGGUGCGCACCGUUGACUACACCGCCGAUGACCACAACGGAUUCAACGCCGUCGUGCACAAGUCUGCCCCAGCUGUCCACAAGGUUGUUGCCCCAGUUGCCCACUACGCCCCAGCUCCAGUCCUGAGCCACUACGUCCACUAAGUGUCCGCUAGCAGCUGGACCGGCUGAGCCACGCUUAACCGGGCCGUUUAAGUCACUCUCUCACUUGCCACUAUGUCUCC